AUGGCGCCUCUUCCCAUAAAGUUCACUGAGCUGCUUCAGUUGACAUCAAUCGACAUACUCCCGGCAUCGAUAGGUUUCAACUCCUGCACGCUCGAAUCCGACCACUACCUAUGCGUCCGCCAGAAGGUCGACGAAACCGCUUCGCCUGAAGUCAUCAUCGUUGACCUCAAGAAUGCCAACAACAUCAUCCGCCGGCCGAUCAAGGCCGAUAGUGCUAUUAUGCACUGGAACAAACUCAUCAUAGCGCUCAAGGCCCAGCAACGAACACUGCAGAUAUUCGACUUGGGCCAGAAGGCGAAGCUGAAGUCGGCACAAAUGAACGAGGAUGUCGUGUUCUGGAAGUGGUUCAGCGAGACCAGUCUAGGCUUGGUCACAGACAGCUCCGUGUACCACUGGAACAUUUUCGACCCGAACCAGACGCAACCGGUGAAGCUUUUUGACAGAAACCCUAACCUCGCGGGCUGUCAGAUCAUCAACUACCGUGUAAGCCAUGACGAGAAGUGGAUGGUGGUCGUGGGCAUCUCACAGAAGGAAGGCCGGGUGGUUGGCACGAUGCAACUGUAUUCAAAAGACAGGGGCAUCAGCCAGUCCAUCGAGGGCCAUGCGGCGGCGUUUGGAACCUUACGCUUGGAAGGCGCGCCUGCGGAUACGAAGGUCUUCACGUUCGCCGUUCGAACAGCGAUAGGGGCGAAGCUUCACAUCGUGGAGGUGGACCACGAAGCUGCGAACCCUGCGUUCCCCAAACGUGCCGUCGACGUUUACUUUCCUGCCGAAGCCGUGAACGACUUCCCCGUCGCCAUGCAGGUUUCGGACAAGUACAAGAUCAUAUAUCUGGUGACGAAGUACGGCUUCAUCCACCUCUACGAUCUCGAGACCGGUACUUGCAUAUUCAUGAACCGGAUAUCGAGUGAGACCAUUUUCGUCACAGCCCCGGACGAACAAUCAUUAGGCAUCGUAGGCGUGAACAGGAAAGGCCAGGUCUUGGGCGUCAGCGUGGAUGAGAGCACCCUCAUUCCUUAUCUUCUGCAGAACCCGGCUAAUGCCGAGCUCGCUUACAAGUUGGCUUCCAGAGGCGGUCUGCCUGGUGCGGACAGCCUUUACCAACAACGCUUCGAAGGACUUCUUCAGUCUGGCGAGUAUGUCGAGGCUGCGAAGACAGCUGCAAACUCGCCCCGCGGCUUCUUGCGUACACCGCAGACCAUCGAAAGGCUAAAGGCCAUACCACAGCAGCAAGGCCAGCUGUCGGUCAUUCUUCAAUAUUUCGGCCUGCUUUUGGACAAGGGCACCCUUAACAAGCACGAAACCCUGGAGCUCGUGCGGCCUGUUCUCGCUCAAAGCCGGAAGCAUCUUGUUGAUAAGUGGCUGAACGAGGGCAAACUGGAUUGUUCAGAGGAGCUCGGCGAUCUUGUCCGAAUGCAUGACCUCGAACUUGCACUGAGAAUCUACGAGAGAGCUCCUGCUCCUCAAAAGGUCGUCGCUGCCAUGGCUGAGCUUGGUAGAUUCGAUGACAUCAUACCAUACUCGGUGAGGGUAGGGUACAACCCCGACUUCACGGUGCUUCUGCAGCACAUCGUCCGCGUCAACCCUGAAAAGGGCGCCGAAUUCGCCACUGCCUUGGCCAAGAACGAGAGCGGUCCACUCGUUGAUCUCGACCGCGUCGUCGACAUCUUCCAGUCGCAAGGCAUGAUUCAACAGGCCACUGCGUUUUUGCUCGACGCACUUGCGGGUAACAAGCCAGAACAGGGCCACUUGCAAACAAAGCUGCUCGAGAUGAACUUGCUGAGCGCUCCGCAGGUGGCUGAUGCGAUUCUUGGGAACGAGAUGUUCACGUAUUACGACAAGGCGCGCAUUGCGCAGCUCUGCGAGAACGCAGGCUUGCUGACACGAGCGCUUGAGCACACUGAUGAUCCGACAGCCAUCAAGCGCAUGAUUGUCCAGACUGACAAAAUACCCGAGGACUGGCUACUCAAUUACUUUGGGCACCUCACGGUUGAACUCUCAAUGGAGUGCUUGAAUGAGAUGCUUCGUGUCAACAUUCGGCAGAACUUGCAGGCAGUCAUCCGGAUAGCCCAGAAGUACUCGGACCUCCUUGGACCAACCAAUAUCAUUGAACUCCUCGAGAAGUAUCGAACAGCAGAGGGUCUCUACUACUAUCUUGGCGCAAUCGUCAACGUCAGCGAGGACCGAGACGUUACCUUCAAGUACAUUGAGGCUGCCACGAAAAUGGGUCAGCUCAACGAAGUCGAGCGUAUCUGUCGAGAGAGCAACUUUUACGAUCCUGAGAAGGUGAAGAACUUCCUGAAGGAAGCCAAUUUGACAGAACAGCUACCUCUCAUCAUCGUCUGCGACAGAUUCAACUUCAUCCAUGACUUGGUGCUGUACCUUUACAAGAACCAGCAGUUCAAGUCAAUAGAGGUGUAUGUUCAGCGAGUCAACCCAGCGAGGACCCCUGCAGUCAUUGGUGGAUUGUUGGAUGUCGACUGUGAUGAGAACAUCAUCCGAGGCCUACUUCAAUCCGUUAAUCCAGCGUCGAUACCGAUAGACGAGCUCGUAUCAGAGGUGGAAUCAAGGAACCGGCUGAAGCUGCUGUUGCCGUUCUUGGAGGCAUCGUUAGCCAGCGGUAACCAGCAACAAGCGGUCUACAACGCGCUAGCGAAGAUCUACAUUGACAGCAACAACAACCCUGAGAAGUUCCUCAAGGAGAACGACCAGUACGACACCUUGAUUGUCGGCAAGUACUGCGAAAAGCGCGACCCGAAUCUUGCAUACAUCGCAUAUCGUAAGGGACAGAAUGAUCUAGAGCUCAUCAAUGUCACCAACGAGAAUGCUAUGUUCAGAGCGCAAGCUCGCUACCUGCUGGAGCGCGCCGAUCUGGAGAUCUGGGAAUAUGUCCUGAGCCCCAACAACAUUCAUCGUAGAUCGCUUGUGGACCAGGUCAUCUCUACCGCAGUUCCGGAGUCGCAGGAUCCUGACAAGGUCUCAGUUGCGGUCAAAGCCUUCAUAGGGGGUGACAUGCCCGCGGAGUUGAUCGAGCUGCUUGAGAAGAUCAUCCUUGAGCCUUCCAGCUUCAGCGACAACGCCACGCUUCAGAAUCUCCUCAUGCUCACUGCAGCAAAAUCGGAUCGCGGUCGCAUGAUGGGAUACAUCCAGCAGCUCGAGAACUAUACCCCGGAUGAUAUUGCGGCGCAGUGCAUAGAACUCGGCAUGUAUGAUGAGGCCUUCGAGAUUUACAGGAAGCACAACAACCAUGUUGAAGCCGUCAAUGUGCUCGUCGAGUAUAUCAUCAGCAUUGACAGAGCGCAGGAGUAUGCGGAGCGGGUCGACCUGCCUGAGGUGUGGAGCAAGGUCGCCAAAGCCCAGCUCGAUGGUUUACGUGUCACCGAUGCCAUCGAGUCUUACAUCCGUGCUCAAGACCCAUCGAACUUCAACGAGGUUAUUGAAAUCGCGACCCGUGCUGGCAAGGAUGAAGAUCUGAUCAAAUUCCUCAGGAUGGCUAGGAAGACUCUCCGGGAGCCUGCUAUCGACACCGCUCUGGCAUUCUGCUUUGCAAGAAUGAACCAGCUAGCCGAACUGGAAGACUUCUUGCGGUCUACGAAUGUUGCCGAUGUGGAAGCUUCUGGUGACAAGGCCUAUGAGGAGGGUUUCCAUGAAGCUGCCAAGAUCUUCUAUAGCAGCAUCUCCAACUGGGCCAAGCUUGCAACCACGCUUGUACAUCUUGAAGACUACCAGGCCGCUGUUGAGUGCGCUCGCAAAGCAAACAGCACGAAGGUAUGGAAGCAGGUCAACGAGGCCUGCAUUGCGAAGAAGGAGUUCCGCCUUGCUCAGAUCUGCGGCUUGAACCUGAUCGUCCAUGCAGAAGAGCUUUCAGAUCUUGUCAGGCAAUACGAAAGGAAUGGCUACUUCGACGAGCUCAUUGCUCUCUUGGAAGCUGGCCUCGGUCUCGAGCGGGCGCAUAUGGGCAUGUUCACCGAGCUUGGUAUUGCUCUAUCCAAAUACCACCCGGAUCGUGUCAUGGAGCAUCUUCGACUCUUCUGGUCGCGGAUCAACAUCCCCAAGAUGAUUCGCGCUUGCGAGGAAGCCCAUCUAUGGCCUGAGCUCGUCUUCCUGUAUGCUCAUUACGAUGAGUGGGACAAUGCUGCCUUGGCUAUGAUGGAACGUGCGGCCGACGCGUGGGAACAUCACUCUUUCAAGGACACCAUCGUCAAGGUCGCCAACUUAGAGAUAUACUACCGAGCACUGAAUUUCUACCUUCAGGAGCAACCAUCUCUUCUGACUGAUCUGCUGCAAGCCUUGACGCCUAGGAUCGACGUCAACCGAGUGGUCCGCAUGUUCGAAAAGUCAGACAACAUUCCGCUGAUCAAGCCUUUCCUCCUGAGCGUCCAGUCACAGAACAAGAAGGCCGUCAACAAUGCGAUCAACGAUCUGUUGAUUGAGGAAGAGGACUACAAGACACUGCGCGACUCUGUCGAGAACUACGACAACUACGACGCGGUUGAGCUGGCGCAGCGCCUCGAACGCCACGAGCUUGUCUUCUUCAGACAGAUUGCUGCCAGCAUAUACCGCAAGAACAAGCGAUGGGACAAGUCGAUAGCACUGUCCAAGCAGGACAGGCUCUUCAAGGACGCCAUCGAGACUGCUGCAGCAUCUGGCAAGUCCGACGUGGUCGAGGAGCUACUUCGAUAUUUUGUCGACAUCGGCAGCCGGGAGUGCUACGUUGGCAUGCUCUACGCUUGUUACGAGCUUAUUCGUCCGGAUGUUGUGCUCGAGGUCUCUUGGCGCAGCGGCUUGACAGACUUCACCAUGCCAUACAUGAUCAACUUCCUGAGCCAGCAAGCGGCGACGAUAGAUCUGUUGAAGAAGGACAACGAGGAGCGGAAGGCAAGAGAAGCCUCGCAGAAGAAAGACGAGGACAACACGCCCAUCCUGGGCGGCUCCCGCUUGAUGCUCACGCAAGGCCCGAUGUUGAAUACGCCGUCGUCGGCACCAUAUGGACAGCCGAACGGCAUUGCACCUCAGCCUACCGGGUAUCGGGGCUUUUAG